AUGGUUGACAGCACAAAGAUCAUCACAGUUAUAAUCGCUGUCUUUCUUCCCUUCUUAGCUGUCUUUAUGGUUAAAGGUGCCGGAAGAGACUUGCUCAUCAACAUUAUUCUCUGUUGUUUCUUCUGGUUCCCAGGUAUUUUGCACGCUCUUUAUGUCGUUUUGACUUCGUCAUAA